AUGCUGCUGUCACUCCAGUGGUUUAGCCUGGUCUUUUUGCUGUAUCUGACGAGCCUCAGAGGGGUGAAGGCUCAGUUUCCCCGUCCUUGUACAACACCAGAAGCUCUGCAGACCCGGAUGUGUUGCCCCCUCUGGAACGGCUCUCCUUGUGGGUUUAGCUCUGGGAGAGGAGUCUGUGCACCACAUCCUGCAAGAGACCUCCCAAAAUCAGAAGACUAUAGGGUGAACUGGCCUCGUGCCUUCUAUGAUUCAGUGUGUACAUGCUGGGGAAACUAUGAUGGAUUUGACUGUGGCCAGUGCCUCCCAGGCUGGAGAGGAUCCCAGUGUCUGCAACAGCAUCAUCUGGAGAGGAAAGAGAUAACAGAUCUGACCGAUUCUGAGAGGGAGACCUUCCUUUCAAGCCUGCACCAGGCAAAACAGAGCCCCAGCAGCCGAUAUAUGAUCCUUACAAGUGACAACACAACAGUGGACGGGAACUAUGUAUUUGACAGCACGAGUGUCUAUGAUCUGUAUGUGUGGAUGCAUUACUACUCAGCUAAGAGGUACGCUGGUUCUGAAGGUAAUGCUGCACACCGAGGGCCUGCUUUCAUAUUCUGGCACAGAGUGUUUCUACUCUUCAUUGAGAGAGAGAUCAGGGAGCUUACUGGGAAUCGAGAUUUCUACAUCCCCUACUGGGACUGGACCAGAACCAACCACUGCAACAUCUGCACCAACCAGUACUUUGGGGGAGUUGGUCAGGAUGGUCGUAUUGACAGUGCUUCCCUUUUCUCAAGGUGGAAGGUGUGA